GUCAAAACAGGAGCCCCGACAAGUCCACAGCCACGGAUCUAUCCAGCUGAAGGGUUCAGGAAAGAGAGGAAGAUUUUGAGCGCGGAACCAUUGCAAUGGCCAUGGCUGCUAACCAUCUCCGAAACUCGACUCGCAGCUCUGUCCACAGCAUUCUUCAUAACCGUUUUCAACCUCUCCUCAAUGCUGCUAGGUUUUUCUCCGAUGCUGCUUCUUCAAUGCCUCAACCGCAACCUAAUCAACAAUCUCCGCCUCAUUCGUCCUUGAAGGAUUAUGAACUCGCCAAGUUCGCUGCAAUUGCUGAUUCCUGGUGGGAUUCUGAAGGUCCCUUUAAGCCAUUGCAUUUGAUGAAUCCUACGAGACUUGCUUUUAUCCGUUCUGCAUUAUGUCGUCAUUUUAAGAAGGACCCUUAUAGUGCUAAACCUCUUGAAGGACUUAAAAUUGUUGAUGUUGGAUGUGGAGGUGGAAUUCUUUCUGAGCCACUAGCUCGAUUGGGAGCUAAUGUGACGGGUGUUGAUGCUGUUGAGAAGAAUAUCAAGAUUGCUCAACUUCAUGCUGGUUUGGAUCCAGUAACUUCAAGUAUUGAAUUUUGUUGCACAACGGCCGAGAAGCUAGUUGAAGAAGGAAGAAAAUUCGAUGCUGUUAUGGCCUUGGAGGUGAUUGAGCACGUGGCAAAUCCUGCAGAGUUCUGCAAAUCUCUUGCAGCACUAACAGUUCCUGAUGGCGCCACUGUGAUAUCGACCAUUAAUCGUUCUAUGAGAGCCUACGCAACUGCCAUUGUUGCUGCAGAAUACAUUCUCCGCUGGCUUCCGAGAGGCACUCAUCAAUGGUCCAGUUUUCUGACGCCAGAGGAACUCGUCCUCAUCCUGCAACGCGCCGGUAUCAAUGUGGAGGAGAUGGCCGGAUUUGUGUACAACCCGGUGACAGGACGGUGGUCUUUAUCAGACGAUAUCAGCGUAAAUUUCAUCGCCUUCGGCACCAAAUCAAACAACACCGAAUAGCAAGAUAUAUAGAUAAAAUAGCAUUACUAUUAGUACUGUUAUAUUAUUAUAAUUGAAAUUGUUUUUGAAUGGCGAAUAAUAA